AUGGACUUACAGACACUUCACUCUUAUGGAUCAUCAUAUGCCGCAUUCAUAAACAUAAAUCUCACAUGGAUCAAGAAUAAAGAAUUGACUAGAAUUCUUAUAGAUGCUUGGUGUGGAAUGUAUGGAACAUUUAUGGGAAUGUUUGCUCUUCAUUACAUUUAUCGAUAUUUUGUUAUCAUGAGCAAUACAAAAAUGUUGAAAACUUUCAAAUCAUAUAAAAUUAUUUAUUGGAUGUUACUCCCUUUAAUAUAUGGCACAGUUUGGGGAACAAUUUGUUAUUAUUUUUGUGCUUCAAAUCCUGAGUUUACCGAUUAUUUGAGUAAAAGUUUUCAUGAUACCUAUAAUCUGGAAAUGACUCCUAUCGUUUAUAUCGGUGUACAUUUUUUUCCAACGAAUGAAAAUGGGGAGAAAUAUAUAAAUUGGAAUGGGGUAAUUGGUGUUGGUAUAAUUUGGACAAUGAUUAUGUCUUCAUUUUUUAUAAUAAUUUAUUUUGGAGUUUCAUGUUACCUACAAAUCAGGAAAAAUUUCGAAACAAGUUCCCGGCAGAAUAAUAAUCUGCAAAUGCAAGUUUUUAUCUCUUUGGUUGUUCAAACUCUUGUUCCAAUUACCUUGAUGCAUUUGCCGGUCUCAAUGGUUUUUCUGUUCACAUUUCUCGAAAUAAGUAUUGGAAAAUUCACAGGAUUGGUUGUUAUAUCAAUUGCAGUUUUUCCUGCAAUUGAUCCCUUGCCAACAAUGUUAAUUAUAUCUGAUUAUCGAGAGACCAUUCUCAAAACUUUGCAAAGUUUUUUAAAUAAAAAACAAACAUCGAAAAAGAGAGAAGUAGAAAUGGAAAUUCAAAAUAUAAACUAA